AUGUGCAGCUCCGUGGCCGCCAAGCUGUGGUUUUUGACAGAUCGCCGCAUCAGGGAAGAUUAUCCCCAAAAGGAGAUUCUCCGAGCACUGAAGGCUAAAUGCUGUGAGGAGGAGCUGGACUUCAGGGCCGUGCUGAUGGAUGAGCUCGUGCUGACCAUCGAACAAGGAAACCUGGGUCUGCGGAUCAAUGGAGAACUAAUCUCUGCCUACCCACAGGUGGUGGUAGUGAGAGUACCAACCCCUUGGGUACAAAGCGAUAGCGACAUCACUGUCUUGCGCCAUCUAGAGAAGAUGGGAUGCCGACUUGUCAACCGACCUCAAGCCAUCCUAAACUGUGUGAAUAAAUUCUGGACAUUUCAGGAGUUGGCUGGCCAUGGGGUUCCACUGCCAGAUACUUUCUCUUAUGGUGGUCAUGAAAAUUUUGCUAAGAUGAUUGACGAAGCAGAAGUACUGGAGUUUCCGAUCGUGGUGAAGAAUACACGCGGCCACCGAGGCAAAGCAGUAUUCUUGGCCCGAGAUAAACAUCAUCUGGCUGAUCUGAGCCACCUUAUUCGCCAUGAAGCUCCAUACCUGUUCCAGAAGUAUGUUAAAGAGUCUCACGGGCGAGAUGUCCGUGUCAUUGUUGUGGGAGGCCGUGUAGUUGGCACCAUGUUACGUUGUUCAACAGAUGGGAGAAUGCAAAGCAACUGUUCACUAGGCGGCGUGGGGGUUAUGUGCUCACUGAGUGAACAGGGGAAACAGCUGGCCAUCCAGGUGUCUAACAUCCUGGGGAUGGAUGUGUGUGGCAUUGACCUGUUGAUGAAGGAUGACGGCUCCUUCUGUGUCUGCGAGGCCAAUGCAAAUGUAGGUUUCAUCGCCUUUGAUAAGGCUUGUAAUCUAGAUGUAGCUGGUAUCAUAGCGGACUAUGCCGCCUCCCUUCUGCCCUCUGGCCGGCUCACCCGGCGUAUGUCCCUGCUCUCCGUGGUAUCCACAGCCAGUGAGACUAGUGAGCCGGAGCUGGGUCCCCCAGCCAGCACUGCUGUCGACAACAUGAGCGCAAGUUCCAGCUCUGUCGACAGUGACCCCGAAAGCACCGAGCGCGAGCUGCUCACCAAGCUCCCAGGGGGCCUGUUCAACAUGAACCAGCUGCUAGCCAAUGAAAUCAAACUCCUGGUGGAGUGACUCCACCGGGAAAUCAUUAACCAACAAAACCCCUGUAAAACUUCUUUUCAUUUUCCUUUUUCCCU